AGAAGUUGCCAGUACCUCCACAAGGAGCUGCCCGUGAGAAUUGCCCACCGGAUCAACGGCUUUCGAAACCUGCCCUUCAUCGUCGGCUGCCACCCAACUCUGCUCAGUGUGCAUGAACUCUACAUUCGAGCCUUCCACAUCCUGAGUGAUUUCGGCCCGAUCCGAGACCUGGACCAGGAGCGCCAGUGGUCGGAGGCGUUGAGGAAUUUGUUGGAUGACCACAAGGACGUGGUCACUCAGCUGGCGGAAGGCUUCUCGGAGUGUCGCAAAUACGUCAGCGAUGAGAUUCUGAUCAAGAGUUUCCUCGAUAGGACCUUGACCUCAAGACUCGGGAUCCGCAUGCUUUCGGAGCACCAUCUGGCGUUGCACGACGAAAAGCCCAACCACGUUGGCAUCAUCAAUGUGGCAUUUUCGCCUCGUAAGCUGGUGGAGAAAAAAGCGGAUUUCAUCAGAGGUGUGUGUGAGGCCAAGUACGGCGCGGCCCCCUCAGUCAAGAUCAACGGGCACGCAAACGCCACUUUCCCGUACAUCCAGCCGCCUCUGGACUACAUCCUCGGGGAACUGCUGAAGAACGCCAUGAGAGCAUCUGUGGAGUCUCACCUGAGCGGCGUGGGCAUCCCCGACGUGACCGUCACUAUUGCCAACAAUGACCACCACUUUGUCUUCAGAAUUUCUGACCGGGGCGGCGGUAUCCCUGCCAAGAUUGCCAAGAAGGUGUUUGACUACAACUUCACGACCAGCGGCUCGACGACAGACGAUCGCGUGGAUGGCGGGAUCUUUGGGCAGAUCAUGCAGGCAGAGCACACGGGGCCCGCGCCGGGGAAAAUGCACGGCUACGGCUUUGGGUUGCCCACCUCCAGAGCCUACGCCCAGUACCUCGGAGGGUCCUUGACCUUGGAGUCUCUGGAGGGCAUCGGCACGGACGUCUACUUGCGACUCAGCCACAUUGACGGUCGCUCGGAAAGUUUUAGAAUUUGAUAUCGCCUGUAUUGGAUUGAUGACAUUUUUAGUGCUAUUGACAAGAGCAGUUUUGCUCUGUUUUUCCAGUUGUCUAGAGACCAUGUCAGGAGUUUGGUGAGAACAUUGGAUAUGUCACAUUUUGAAGUUUUGCAAAACGGCAAACUAUGGUUUGACCAGGGAUGCCAAAUGUCCAGGUUUUUUUCGGUUUUUCCCCGUUUUUUUUCAUCCGUUGGAAUUGCAAAGGAAAGGGGUGAGGUAAGAGAGAAUAAUAUUUUAUGUUUUUGUUUGCUCAUUUAAAAGCUUUACAAGGUUCGGUUUAGGUGAGAUGUGAUGCUCCGCUCAUUUUCAGGGUU